AGGAUGCGAGGCACAACACGGAGGACGGAAGCGCAUGCGCACUGGCGGAAGAGCGGUCGCGUGCGUUCUUUGUUUUUCCCUGCCGGCCACGUGCCUCAGACUGUGCGAGAGGUUGAGUGUCCCUGAUCCAAAAUGCUGGGGGGCCCAGGAACAGUGUGGAUUGCGGCAUCUUUGCUUGCGCCUACCUCCUGAGAUAGCUUGGAGAUCGGACCCAAGUCUAAACACGACAUUCAUUUAUGUUUCAUAUGCAUCUUAUACACAUGACCUGAAGCCCAAAGAAUGGCGCACGAUCCGGGAAAACAUGAACAUGCUGACACUAUGGGGAUUGGCAAGGCUAUUGCUGUGUUGACAUCUGGAGGAGAUGCCCAGGGCAUGAAUGCUGCUGUCCGGGCUGUGGUCCGAGUGGGCAUAUACACUGGUGCCAAAGUGUUCUUUGUUCAUGAGGGCUACCAAGGUCUUGUGGAUGGUGGUGACAAUAUUAGGGAAGCAACAUGGGAGAGUGUUUCUAUGAUGCUGCAACUGGGUGGCACAGUGAUCGGGAGUGCCAGGUGCAAGGACUUCCGCGAACGUGAAGGACGAUUGAAAGCUGCGCGUAACUUGGUAAAAAAAGGAAUCACAAACCUGUGUGUGAUUGGGGGCGAUGGCAGUUUGACCGGAGCAGACACCUUCCGAGCAGAAUGGAGCGGUUUGCUGCAGGAUCUGGUUAAGACAGGUGGUAUCACAGCAGAAGAAGCAAAGAACUCCAGUCACCUGAACAUUGUUGGCAUGGUUGGCUCUAUUGAUAAUGACUUUUGUGGUACUGACAUGACCAUUGGCACAGACUCUGCCCUCCAUAGGAUAAUGGAGAUAGUAGAUGCUAUCACCACCACUGCUCAAAGCCAUCAGAGGACCUUUGUGCUGGAGGUGAUGGGUCGUCACUGCGGCUAUCUAGCCCUUGUAACAGCCUUGGCAAGUGGAGCAGACUGGGUUUUCAUUCCAGAAUCUCCACCAGAAGAUGAUUGGGAGGAGCACUUGUGCAGGAGGCUAACAGAGACAAGAACUCGGGGUUCACGAUUGAACAUCAUCAUUGUAGCUGAAGGAGCCAUUGACAAGCACGGCAAGCCCAUUACUUCAGAGGACAUUAAGACUCUGGUUGUGAAACGCCUGGGCUAUGACACAAGAGUCACCAUCCUUGGACAUGUGCAACGCGGUGGGACCCCCUCUGCUUUUGAUCGUGUCCUGGGAAGCAGAAUGGGCGUGGAAGCCGUGAUGGCCUUACUAGAAGGAACCCCAGAUACCCCAGCAUGUGUUGUCAGCCUUUCGGGUAACCAAGCCAUCCGCCUUCCUCUUAUGGAGUGCGUCCAAGUGACAAAGGAUGUCACAACAGCAAUGAAUGAAGGGCGGUUUGAUGAAGCUCUUAAACUUAGAGGAAGGAGUUUCCAGAAUAACUGGAAUGUUUACAAGAUCUUGGCUCAUGUGCGCCCACCCACUGCAAAGAGUGGCUACAAUUUGGCGGUGAUGAAUGUGGGGGCACCAGCAGCUGGCAUGAAUGCAGCCGUAAGGUCAACUGUCAGAAUUGGAUUGAUCCAUGGCCACAGGAUGCUGGCUGUACAUGAUGGGUUUGAAGGCCUUGCUGAAGGAAAGGUUGAAGAAAUUGGAUGGAGUGGAGUUGGCGGCUGGACUGGAAGAGGUGGAUCAAGCCUUGGGACGAAGAGGACACUGCCCAAGAAAUACUUUGAGGAAAUCAGCAGCACAAUUGCCAAUUUUAAUAUUCAUGGCCUGAUCGUCAUUGGUGGCUUUGAGGCUUUCACUGGCAGCCUGGAGAUGAUUGAGGGCCGAGCUAAGUUUGAAGAGCUCUGCAUCCCAAUCUGUGUGAUCCCUGCCACUGUCUCUAACAACAUUCCUGGCUCUGACUUCAGCAUCGGGGCAGACACAGCCCUCAACACCAUCACGUCGACUUGUGACCGUAUCAAGCAGUCUGCAGCUGGCACCAAGAGGCGGGUGUUCAUCAUUGAGACCAUGGGAGGCUUCUGUGGCUAUCUGGCUACCAUGGCAGGUUUGGCUGCUGGAGCUGACGCAGCCUACAUUUAUGAAGAUCCUUUCAACAUCCGGGACCUGGAGCUAAAUGUGACUCACCUGACUGAGAAAAUGAAGACCACAGUGAAGAGAGGUCUAAUAUUGAGGAAUGAGAAAUGUAAUGAAAACUAUACCACAGAGUUCAUAUACAACUUGUAUUCUGAGGAGGGAAAAGGCAUCUUUGACACCAGGAAGAAUGUUUUGGGACACAUGCAACAGGGUGGAUCGCCAACUCCAUUCGAUAGGAACUUUGGGACGAAAAUGGGUGCCAAAGCCGUGGCAUGGAUGUCUGGCAAGAUCAAAGAAUGCUCCAGACAUGGCCGUAUUUUUGCCAACACUGCUGAUUCAGCUUGCCUCCUGGGCAUGCGAAGACGGGCACUUGUUUUCCAGCCUCUCAGUGAACUUAAACAAGAGACAGAUUUUGAGCACCGCAUCCCCAGGACUCAGUGGUGGCUGAAACUUCGUCCUAUCUUAAAGAUCCUUGCCAAGUACAAGAUUGAGUUGGAUACCUCAGAGACAGCCCACCUAGAGCAUAUCACCCGCAAGAGAGUAUCAGGUGAAGGCGCUCUGUGAACGACUCAUGAAGAUGCUGCAGCUCUCUCUUAAAAUUAUGAUGCUUAAAGAUAUAUAUUAAACUAAAUUCUAUAUUGACA